GCGGGUCACACGGUUGUACUUCCUCUUCGGCGGUAAAGCGUGUAAAGCGAAGUACAAACGUUAUUGUGACGCACAGAUAUAAAACAUUAUAACAUUUAUUUAACCCCAGACAGCUUAUAAAGAGCAAGAAAUGAGUUUACCUCUGAACCCAAAGCCAUUCCUGAACGGCCUGACGGGAAAGCCAGUGAUGGUGAAACUGAAGUGGGGUAUGGAGUACAAGGGCUACCUGGUGUCUGUGGAUGGAUACAUGAACAUGCAGCUGGCCAACACAGAAGAGUAUGUGGAUGGAGCGUUGGCGGGGCAUCUCGGUGAAGUGCUCAUCAGGUGCAAUAACGUUUUGUACAUCAGAGGCGUAGAAGAGGAGGAAGAAGACGGAGAGAUGAGGGAGUGAUCCGGCCUGCCGUCCUCAGUGUGACUGUACCUCGUAGUUGAGUUUGAUGUGUGUUUGUGUUUUCACCAUGUGAAAAAAGUGAACGCUUUGGGGGGGGCUUUUGGUUAUUUUUCAAGCAGUUUUGAAAAUGAUUUUUUUUUUUUUUUACUGUAUGUGAGGCCCAUUUUAUGUUGUAACAUUGUGAUACAGACACAAUAAAUGAUUAUACCCUUUCUUAAACCUGA